AUGAGCGCAGGCGAGGAUUACUACAUUGGCGUCGAUGUCGGCACAGGAUCGGCACGGGCGUGUGUGAUCAACGCGGCCGGCGAGAUCAAGGGCCUGGCGUCUGAGGACAUCCGGCUGUGGAAGGCUUCGUACGGCAUCGACGAGAUUCACUAUGAGCAGUCGACGACAGACAUUUGGCGGCACAUCUGCGGCUCCGUCCGGUCAGCCGUGGCCGAGGCAGGCAUUGAGGCCGGCGCCAUCCGCGGCAUCGGCUUCGACGCCACGUGUUCGCUCGCCGUCUUCAGCCACGACACCGACGAGCCCAUUACCGUGACCAAGUCCGGCCUGCACCAGACGUCCGGGGACGAGGAUCACCGCAACAUCAUCCUGUGGCUCGACCACCGCGCCCUCGCCGAGACGGACGCGAUCAACGCCACCGGCCACAACCUGCUGCGCUACGUCGGCGGCACCAUGAACGUCGAGAUGGAGAUGCCCAAGGUGCUGUGGCUCAAGAACCAUAUGCCCGCCGAUGUCUUUGCGCGCUGCAAAUUCUACGACCUUGCCGAUGCCUUGACGCACCUGGCCACCGGAAACGAGACCCGCAGCUUCUGCAGUACCGUGUGCAAGCAAGGCUUCGUGCCGGUCGGCGUCGACGGCAGCGUCAAGGGGUGGCAAGAAGACUUUUACCAAGCCGUCGGCCUUGGCGAGUUGGCCGAGGACAACUUUAAGCGCGUCGGCGGCGUCAACGGGAACGGCCACUAUCUAAGUGCUGGCGAGCUUGUCGGCCCGCUGUCCGCCAAGGCAGCCGCUGAGCUCGGCCUGGAGGCGGGCAUCGCGGUCGGCAGCGGCGUCAUCGACGCAUACGCCGGUUGGAUCGGCACCGUCGGCGCACCCGUCGAUCUGGGCGACAAGGCCAACGACGUCAGCCAGGCCUUUACGCGACUGGCCGCCGUCGCCGGAACAUCGACCUGCCACCUGGCCAUGUCGCGCAGCGCUGUCUUUGUCGACGGCGUCUGGGGCCCCUACCGCGACGUCAUGCUGCCUGACUUUUGGAUGGCCGAGGGCGGGCAGUCGGCCACGGGCGAGCUGAUCCGCCACGUCGUCGAGACGCACCCGGCGUUUGCAGAGGUCAGCGCUACCAGCGCCGAGUCUCAGACGAACAUCUACGAGUACCUCAACAACCGCCUACGCGCGCUCGCGUCCGAGGCUGGUAGUCCCGCCGUCGGACACCUCACGCGCCACCUCUUCUUCUACGGUGAUCUCUGGGGCAACCGCUCGCCCUUGGCCGACCCGCACAUGCGCGGCGCCCUCGUCGGCAUGAGCAGCACCGACAACUUGGCCGACGGCCUCGCCCUGCUCUACUACGCUGCGCUCGAGUUCAUCGCCUUGCAAACGCGCCAGAUUGUCGACACCAUGAACGCCGCCGGCCACGAGCUGCGCAGCGUCUUCAUGUCCGGCAGCCAGUGCCGCAACGACCUGCUCGUCAGCCUCAUCGCCACCGCGUGCGGUCUGCCCGUCGUGAUCCCGCGCUACGACAACGCCGCCGUCGUGCACGGCGCGGCCAUGCUGGGCGCCAAAGCUGCCAGCGGUGGCGCCGACAAGGGAGCCACCGAGCCCCUGUGGACGAUCAUGUCGCGCAUGACCCAGGCAGGGCGCGUCGUGCAUCCCUCUGGCAACGUCAGGGAGGUGAAGCUGUUGCAGGCCAAGUACGAGGUAAUGCUGGAUCAGCUCAAGACGCAGCGGGAGUACCGCAGCAAGGUGGACGCUGCUGUGGCGGGAUGGACGAAGUGA